CCUCUUACCCUCCCUCCGUCUCUCGCCCUCAUUUUCUCUCUCUCUCUCCAUGCUCUCUCCGCUACACCACCAAUACUUUUUUCCCUGGCUGUGGCGUGUUUGUGCUUUAGCGAGUGUACAGCGAAACCAGUUCUGUGCUGAUCCAGCGUGUGCUAUCCCAUAUCCAGAGCCAGGAGCAGCGUACCUCUUGCCAACAGCCUGCCUCCACUCUGCUGCCUUUUCUGCUUUGAUUUCCCACUGUCUGCUUUUCCACCAGACCUUUUCUUUCUUUAACCCUCUGCUCUCUUCCAAGAAUGAUCUAGGAAGAGGGGAAAGAAAUAAGAGAAAGGUGUCUGUGUGAAGGGGAGAUGAGGAGGCAGAAAAGGAGAGAGAGAGGGGAGAGGACUAGAGAAGACUGGAGUUAGGCUGCAACACGAGAGGCAAAGCAACGAGGAGAGGGAGAAAGAAGAGAGCAACAAGGAUCGAGGGAUGAUCGAGGUGGAAUCGGGCCGAAAACGCAGGAAAAGGGGGGGAAAUAUUGCCAGACUCAUCCGACCUCUGCUGUGUGGGGACCGGACCCAUCUCCUGUCUUCCUGGUCCUCAGCAGAACAGCCAUGAGGUAGAGUCGGACAUUUUGGAAACUUGUAUCCAGCGACAUCUUGCUAAGAUGGAUCCGAAGGCUUCUCUCUUCACCCUUCCACAUCCUCCUUUAACCCUACACGACCAUCAUGUCCUCUGUCCCCAUCUCACCCUACACAGUGUAUGACGAGAGGUUACUGACAGCUGCAGACAAUUUCAUUGCGGCUGCCUUCAAACUGCCUAGAGCUUCUGGAUGUUUCCCUCCAUGUGGUUUUCAGACUACUGGUUAUGUCUACAACUGCAUCACCUGUCAGUAUGACUCCUGUGAGUUCCCACUUGACUGUCCAACAAAAAACAUCACAGUCAUGGAGAACAACCGGACACAGAUGAGGUGUGACGUCCCCUUUCCCCUGCCUUAUGAAAUGAAAGUGGUCUGGAGGUUUGCAGAGGAGAUCAGGACCCAGCAGGUGGAUCAGUUUGAGGAGGUGACAGUAGGGAUAGACCGGCUCUACUCUAUCCCCUCAGCUGGUCUGCGACACCAGGGUACAUACCAGUGUGAGAUCUACUCUGACCAGCGCUCCUUAGUCAGACUUUACUACCACCUCAUAGUCAUCCCCCAGGUGGUUGUAGGCCACAGUGAGCUGCAGGAGAUAUUUGAUCUGUCACUGCUUCCAGGGGGCCAAAUUGUCACUGUGCCUGGUGGAUGGUCCCUUGCCCUCCUCCGUCUCCCCCCUCCCUCUCUCCUCACGGCCUGUCUGACUUCUCUGCUGCUGCUGCUCUUCCUCUCCCUGGGGAUUCUGCACUGGUGGUCGAUAAAGAAAGAGAAGAGUGAUGUGGAGCAAGCUGAAGACGAUCCAGAUUCAAGGAAAUCAUCUGGAGGGUCAUGGCAGGAUGAGCAGGAAGGGUACCACAUGAGGGAGGAGGAUGUCUUCCCUGUAACGCACAGCGCUGAGAUUGCCUGCAAUGACAACAAGCUCAGUCCGAUGAUGCUGUGAUACACCGCCCCAGACCAUGACCAUCCACCUCCAAAUCGAUCCCGCUCCAGAGUACAGGCCUCUGUGUAACGCUCAUUCCUUCGACGAUAAACGCGAAUCUGACCAUCACCCCUGGUGAGACAAAACUAUGACUCUUCAGAGAAGAGCUCUUUUUGCCAGUCCUGUCUGGUCCAGCGACGGUGGGUUUUUGCCCAUAGGGACGUUGUUGCCGUUGAUGUCUGCUGAGCCCCUGCCUUACAACAGGCCUACAAGCCCUCAGUCCAGCCUCUCUCAGCCUAUUGUGGACAGUCUGAGCACUGAUGAAGGGAUUGUGGGUUCCUGGUGUAAUUUGGGCAGUUGUUGUUGCCA